AGGGUUCUAUUCACCACCAAUCCAUUUAGCAGCUGGGUUUAGUCUCAGUUGCAGUGGUUAAAAGACAAGACCUCUCUUGCAGGACUUGGACUGGCCGAGAUGCCGAUCCGUGCUGAUGAUGUGAUGAAGCUGCUCAGCCACGUUGCCCAGGUGAAGGGCAUGAAAGCUGCUGUGAUACACACUGGCCGGGGAGCAGCGGUGGCAGGGGCAUCAGCUUUUGUGGGGGGCAUUCUGGGAGGCCCACCUGGAAUCGCUGUAGGAGGAGCAGUGGGUGGAUUGAUUGGAUGGAUGACUUCUGGACAGUUCAAGUCAGUCCCUCAGAUUUUAGCAGAAUUGUCUGCUGCUGAGAAGCAGAAACUCUGUGCUGAAGCUAUGGCUGUUGUCAAGAACCUACACUGGAUUGAUGCUGCUCAGCUGAUUGCUCUUGUAAUGUCAAGUUCCACUCUCACAGAGAAGGUGAUAGGAGUGCUGAAAAACUACUUUUAUAAUGAGCUAAAAGCACAAAUAAAAUGUGCAGAAUAAUCCUCUAGAGAGCAGACUUUUUUUACUGUAAUGAAUUUUAUUCCUAUAGCUGUCUUUAACACAACAAUUAUGAGUUAUCAGUACUAAUUAUAAAUAUAUACUGACCCAAGUACUUUUGAGGUGUUCAGUUUUGGUGUUUUAAAAUUUUUAUUAUCAUUUUUGAUUUGUGUGGAGCUGUAAAGAUACUAUUAUGUUAUUGCAUUGUCCUGACACUGACUUGCUAUGUGAUUUUGGAUUGCUCUGCUCUAGGACUAGUUCAAAUUGCUGAAGGGAAUCAUGUUGCUCUUAGGCUGAUGUGUCACUUGGGAAAAUUUUCAAAGUAAUUUUUCUUUUAUUUAGGAGACUUGACUCUCUUUGUUUAAGUGCUUUAAUUUUUUUCCCCUGUGAAUGACAGAUAAGGUGCCAAAGUAGCUGGGGUACUUUGAAGAAUUUUACCUGUUGUUUGUUUCAGCCCUGGAAAGUUUUAUAAGGAAGUACAUUACUGUGAACUCAAAGGACUCAAUCCACACUUUGUCACAUUUUUAUUGUAAUUUUUGAGUUUUCAUGUAAGACGUGAAUUAAAUACUUAAGAUUUCAAGUAUCAGGAAAAUAAACUGUGAACAUUUUCAAUUCAAUUUUCACCAAGUUCCUGUGCCCUAGAAUGGGAGGGUGUGGCAAAUAUUAAAAACAUGGGGAGCUGAAUCUGCCAGUUUUAUAUUAGCCCCAGGAUUAAGGUUGUCAUUUCAGCAUUGGUUUCUUGACUGAGUCCGUCAUCUGGUCAUCUGUUUUCAUUAAAAUAUUCCUAAGAAGCCUCAUAGUGAUCUGUGUGUUGCUUUAAAUUAAAUGAACUCUUUAAGAACUCAGGCAGGCCUGUAGUGGACAGCCAGCAGUUGGCAGCAGCAGUGCUGUGGGCUGGGGUGAUGUGCCAGUGACAUUAUUUCUGGAAGUACCAAAUGCUGUGGUGCUGAAUGUCCCAGCCACUUGUUCACAUUUCAAGGCACUCCUAAGACAAGUUUGUAGGAAGAAAAAUGUGCAGAUGUGCCCUCUUUCUAUAUAAAGACAAGUGAAACUGUUCUGACAAGUUAAUUUUUUUUGCCUGAAAUAAAGAUCUAUCUCCA